GGAAGUUCAAACUCCAUAAUAAAGCGUUUAUUGAAAAACGCACCCUGUACUCGGCUACCAAGUUCUUCUUCCGUGUUAGCUCAGGUUCCUUUUGCUAAAAUCCUAAGAAUAUUUUCUUCCCUGAACUGCUUUCUAGUCUUUAUUUACGUGUCCGCAUGCAUUUAUACACAGAUGUGUAUAAUCCCCGAAAUUAACGGAGAAGGAUCAGCGCCUUGCCAGUUGAUUGCAGACAGGGCUGGGGCGAAGAUGUUGUCGGACACCCCCUUCUGUUGUUUGGAUGGAGUCUCAGUAUCUAAAGCAAUGCCUGGGAGAUUGCUUGAAAAAGGGACUGGCAGAGGUUGUGGAGCAUCGGCCAGCAGAUCCAAUAGAGUAUCUUGCACACUGGAUUUACAGUUACAGAAGAAACUUAGAUGAAGAAAAAAAGAGAAUGUUGGAGAGGGCUGAACUGGAACAAGAACGGCAGGCAGCACUAGCAGAGCUUGAAAUAUUAAGAAAAAGGGAGGAAGAAGCAAUGAUCCAGCAGAAACUUGAAGAACAACGUCAGGCUGAGUUGGAGAAAGAACGUGAGAAGAUGGAACUACAGAGUAAAGAAGAAAACAUGCAGUUGCAGCAGGAAGAUCAAAAGGAAGAUGAAAAGACAGUAUCUGAGCUUACAGAUAGACCUGGAACACCUGAUUUGACCAAAACUGAGGAGGAGCCAGAUCAGAGUGGACAGCCUGAGAGUACAACAGAUCUCCCAGCAGAAGCAGAAGAAAGUUCCGAACUGACCUGAAAGCAGUAGCAUGUCUGACUUGGAAGAAGAAAACUGCAAUUGAAAUGAGAGCAGCAAAUAGAUUUUCUGUGUAUUGCACAUUGAUACUUCAAUUGUAACCAUAAUAAAUACAGACAAAAUUAAUGUGUUAGUAUUAUUUGAGGGUAGAUGCUACAGUACUAUAAUUUGAAUCAAUAUCAAAAGAAAUAUUUUUGAAAAGAGAUUUUUCAAGAAUUUGAAUGGUUUCUGAUAGAAAAAGGAAAUGCUCCACAGAUUAGAAGAUGAAGAGAGAGUUCUGCACAUCAAACUAGAUGUAAAAAUCUAAUCAGAAGAUUUUUCCAACGUAUUUGGAAGAGAUCAGUUUAUCUGCACCUCAGUUGACAGACAUACUAGAAGAUCUUCUCUUAGAAAUUAUUAGGUGAUUUUUGUAGAUCUGGGUGCUUGCUCUUGGCUUUAUAAUAACCUUUACUGCGUAUUGUGUGAUCCUAGGUGAGCUGCGUCUGCAUAUCGGUUUUGGUUAGUCAAUUUUUUAAAUCUUUUUUUUGCAUUUGUCUUGAAUUUGUAAAUCAACAAGUGAAACCUAUGUUGUCUUUACUAAAUACCAUUAUUAUUUCUCAAAGCUUCACUUCUAAAGAGAUUAAGAACAAUAUUUAACUUGAUCCAUAGUUAUCUAUAAAAAUAAGUUUUAUAAUCCUUAGAGAUGCAUUAAUUUUUAUAAGAACAGAUGUCUGUGAUCACUGAUAUUUUGGUAGAGGACGUCAUUAUAAAUGAAUUAAUUAUAAAUGAAAAAGACAUCAGCAUUAAGAAAUCCUUCAAUAAAAUGUGCCUUUAUGUCUCAGUGUCUUCUAAUACAGGUUAUUUGGAUAAUUAACAUUAAGUCAUUGCCAAUAUUGUAUAAUGAAAAUAUCUUUUAUUACAAAUUCAGUCUGUAAUUAAUGCAUUCACAGUAUUCUUCAGUUCUGGGAUGAAAUAGAUUUUUGUGUUAAUUUCACUUUAAUUCUUUUAUAUUAUUGCUGGCUGUAAGGGUUUUGCUAUCUUUGACAAACUUAAAAAAAUAUAUACUACACAGGCAAAGGUCAAUUGCAUAAUUAUUUUUUUGCUCUGCAUAACUUUUGUUCAUGUAGGUCAUACUAAGCAUAAUUCUCUCUGUUUUUAAAAAUGUAAGCACUAAUGACUUUUAGUAUAGUAGUAUAUUAUUUUCCCCCUAAAAAAUGAAAUAUACAUUCUUUAAAAUUUCUUGUGCCCUUUUUUAUUACUCCAUUGCUUUUUGAGUGCUUUUAACUAGCAUGUCUUACAUGAAUAACCUUAAAAUCAAAAGAGAAAAGUGUCACUCUGCCAGGUUUAAAUACUUAGAAAUGUUUAUAUAACCUUUGAAUUAAUGAAAAAUGGAACUGCUUUUGUGACUAGGUGGUCAGGCUUUCUAUCUACAUUUAAUCUGCAUUGGUAUAGGUUUGAAAUCUCUGUGAUAGUCAAGAACCUUUUUGGUGGCAUGAAUAUGCCCUUAUGGUUGACACUGAUUUUGUGGUAAACUGAUUUUGUCACAGUUUAUGAUUAUACUAUUUUAACUGCUACUAAUAAAUAUAAUUUUAAGGACCUGCUUUAAGAUACUGCAGUUCUAAUUACAUCUGUUAACACUGUAGGCACAGCAGCUUCCUGUGCCAGUUUCAAAGGGAUGGAGUAAUUGGAUAAAUAGAUGGAGGUUCUCUUAUGAGCCAGUAUGUAUAACUGUGCCUUCCACUUUAGAGUAAAAUUUUUAAGAAUUGGUAAGUACCUCAUGUCCAUUUACAUUUUAUGUCCAAUCAUGUUGACUACAAAAAUUUCAGCCUUCAUACAGCCUUCAAAUUCAAGACAGUGUUUUAAAACAUGCUAAGAAAUAAUUUUAAUAACAUGUGCCCUUCAUGUUUUUUUUAAUCUUUUCAUAGUAUUUGUAUCUUUGUUUGAUUUUUGUUAUAUGUGUCCACUAGAGUGCAUCCUAAAUAAGCACACUGGAGGCUCUGUCAGUUACAGACCAUGAAAACUGCAACUAAUGUUUGUCAUUUUGUUUAUUUUUAACUGACUUUUUCUUUGUAAUCCUGCAGUACAUAUUCCCCAUUUUUCUUUCAAAAUAGGAAUUGAAUUUUUGGAUGGAAACUCUAUCAGAAAAUGUUUUAGUAAGGGUCAAAAUAAAAUGGUAGAUUCCAAUUUACCUGUUCCUUUGCUGUUAUGUACAGAAGGUAUUGUUCAAAUGUUAUUUGUAGGAAUUCCCGUUUCUUCAAGAUUUUAUGUGCAUAGACAUAGUGCAUUAUUCACCUUCUGCAGCUUUAUAGGAAUUUCAUUAUGGGACAAGAGGGUAGACAGUUCUUGGCUCAGUGCUUUCUUGAGGUGCAAACUAGCCUGUAGGUAACUUGGAAAUGUAGUUCAUGACAAAGAUGGCUUCUGCUUGGGUGUCUAAACCUGAAGGGAAAACUAAGGCAGCUUAAAAUAAUUUUUGCCUGCUCUUUCUGAUCUUUCACCUUCUCUGGAGUUUAGCAAGCUAGAGCCUGGAGCAGGAAGAGAACAGGGGAGAAGAUAACUAUUCUAGUUACUUCACAUGAUGUGAUUUCAGAAGUGUUAAUAGAGUUUAACCUCUGCAUGAAAUCUAAAGUUGUAUAUUGAAUAAAAAGAAGGCAAUUACCUAAUGUAACUUCUUCUAUAGCUUCCUUUGAAUACAUUUUUGUGGAAUGAAGAAGAUGGUGUUCAGAGGCACAUGAUAGAAACUGUCAUGGAAAAAUAAGGUGCUAAAUACUGAAUAAGAUUUAUGAAAUUGUCAUUUUUCCUUUCUUCAGAAUAAGAACAGUCUUAUUCAAGCUGCUAUCAGACCAUGUACAGAUCCCUCUCAGAAUGUGCAGAUAGUAAUGUGCCCAUUCACAGCUGUUCCCAUUCCAACAAUACUGAAGCAUAAGGAUGAAAACAGAUAUGAAGCCCAGAAUAGGACAAAAUGAUUCAGAUUAAUUAUCAGUCUGCUCACAAGGAUGGUAGCUCAACUCUGCAAUGUAAGAAAGGAGAAAUACGUGUUGCAGCUAGCACAUAUUAACGUUAUCUUUUAACAGAAUGGACUUUAUUAGGUUUCCUGCCCCCUUUCUUAUGAUGGAUGGUUUUCACAGUCUAAAGGAACUAACUUAUCUUUUUGUAAGCAAAAGCCUUAUACAGUAAUUUGCUAAUGGGAAUGGGAGCCAGAUGAAUUGCUUUG